CGCAUGCGUACUACAAUCUAGCGGCUCCAGAAUAGGGAGAAUCGGUGGGAGUUAGCAAGCUGUGUAAUGGCGGCCUCGGUGUUGGUGUCUGCGGAGAACACCGGACUUACUUUUGUGUUCGGCAAUUCUGGAACUGUAGGGGCUCCCGGGAAUGGAGUAGGGGUACCGGUUCCUGUACCUUGGAAUCGGUCACUGGACAGGGCAUUAGACGAAGCCUCCGCAACUGGUUGCCUCAACCUCAGCGGCAGGAAACUGAAGGAGUUCCCGAGGAGCGCCGCCAACCACGACCUCACAGACACAACUCGGGCCGACCUGUCCCGUAACCGUCUGCCAGAGCUGCCCGUGGAGGUGUGUAUGUUUGUUUCUCUGGAACACCUGCAGCUCUACCAGAACUGCCUGCGCUCGCUGCCUGAGACUCUUCUCAAUCUCCAGGCCCUCACCUACCUGAACAUAAGUCGGAACCAGUUGUCGACCCUGCCCAGUCCGGUGUGCAGUCUGCCGUUGAAGGUCCUGAUCGCUUGUAACAACAAGCUGGUCUCCCUUCCCGAAGAGCUCGGCCAACUACGACAGCUCACAGAACUGGACGUGAGUUGUAAUGAGAUCCAGACACUGCCUCCUCAGGUUGGUCGACUGGACUCGCUGCGAGACCUCAACAUCCGCCGCAACCACCUGGCCCGCUUGCCCCCAGAGCUGGCUGCGUUGCCACUGGUGCGUCUGGACUUUUCUUGUAACAAGGUGACAUCCAUCCCUGUGUGUUACCGCAACCUGCGCCACCUACAGAGCAUCGUGCUGGACAACAACCCACUACAGAACCCACCCGCACAGAUUUGUAUAAAGGGGAUGAUCCAUAUAUUUAAGUAUCUGAACAAUGAGGCCAGCAAGACUACACCUGAGCUCCCAGACUACGACAGGAGACCCCUAGCCUUCGGAUCCUGUGUGGAGGAGCUGUACCCUGGCCGACCGUACGGAGCGCUGGACUCUGGCUUCAACAGCGUGGACAGUGGAGACAAGAGAUGGUCAGGCAACGAGCCCACGGAUGAGUUGUCGGACCUGCCACUGCGUGUGGCAGAGAUAACCAAAGAACAGAGACAGCGGAGGGAAAGGGAGGAGCACAGGACAACUGGCUCCCAUCCUGUGACCAACGGCACAUUAGAGGCAGAGCUGGAGCAGAUCGACUUUAUAGACAGUUGUACAGGAGAGGAGGAGGAAGAGGAGGAGGGUAGGAGAGGAGAAGUAGCAGAAACCAUCAGCCUCAGUUCCCAGUUCAUGGCUUACAUUGAGCGCCGCGUCACCAGAGAGGGCUCUCCAGUCAAGUCCAACUCCUCCAGAGACUCGAGGACAGACGACCCGAGGCGACACAAUUCUCUGCAGAACAGGACUGCACAUGAUCCAGCCUCUUCUGCCUCUCAUAAUCAGAGAGGGUCAGGGGCCAGGGUUGGUGUUGGUGCCGGUCCGUGCGGGGCGCCGGGUGGGGGCGUGGAGCGCGUGCGGAGGAUGGCCCAGUUGGCCGCCCUGCGGUACGAGGAGGAGAGGCAGAAGUCGCGAUCAGUGCAGCCGGACACCGUCAUGACCUACGUCAAGCACAAAGCAUCUCAAAGCCCUACCAAGCUGAGUCCCACAGAGAACGAGAACGCGUACCCCUCCAGGCGUUCCACCCACACGGAUGACUCAGCCCUCUUCAUGUCUCUUUCCGGGUCUGGGAUGUCCAUAGAUAUCGUCCCCACGUGUCUACUGCAGCAGGGCGAGGAUCGCUCCUCCUCCCUGUCUCCCACAGCCCUCCAAUCACCUUCUUACCCCAGACCUGUUGCCCCGCCCUCCUGCCAGGGGCCCGCCCAGCGGCCAGACAGCUUCCUGUUUCGCCUCAGCCAGAAGGAAGAGCAGAGGAGAGGUGAUGGUGCCGCCCCCAGGCCGGAGCCUGAAGAGGUGACCCCUACCCAGCCUCAAGGCCCCAUGGGAGAGGAGGCUGCUCUGGUGGAGCAACUGCGGAAGAACAUAGAGUCACGUCUGAAAGUGUCCUUGCCCAGCGACCUGGGAGCAGCACUGACCGACGGGGUCGUCCUCUGCCAUCUGACAAAUCAUGUGCGGCCACGAUCCGUACCCAGCAUCCAUGUGCCCUCCCCUGCUGUGCCCAAACUGACGAUGGCCAAGUGUCGGCGGAACGUGGAGAACUUUCUGGAGGCGUGUCGCAGGAUCGGGGUUCCACAGACCCAGCUGUGCCUGCCCCUCCACAUCCUGGAGGAGAGAGGGCUCCCCCUGGUGGCCGGGACGGUACGUGCGCUCCUGGAGCUGGCCCCGCCCAAAUACACAACCUCCCCUGCCACCACCACUAACCCUCUGGCCAUGUAGGGCAGCAGAGUUCCACACUCAAUCAUGGAUGGACAGAUACAGGACCCACCCUCUUGCUCUCCGAAUGUACGUCAUAUGGCUUUCCCUCUCGACCACCCCCCACUUCCCCUCAACCCUAGGCCCCCUCCCCCUCAACCAUACAGGGUCACCCAGCCUUCCCAGACAGGUCUUCCCCAAUGAAGAGAGAAGAGGGAGCACGAGUACGUCAAAGAAAGGGAUGACUGUCUCUUCCUCUGUGUCCUCACACAGACUGCUUACGACUUGCAGCCUCUAAAGACUGACGGACGAACAGAUGGACAACCGAGAUUGUCGCAGACAAACAGUCAGUUGGACGGCGAGUAAGAGUUGUUUUUUAUUUUCUAUUAUUAGUCAUUUGACUUCUCUCUCCAUCCUCCUCUUAUCUAUGUUCAGUAGGGGGUGUUUUAUUUUCUAUUAUUAUUUCAUCUUAUUUUUCAUAUUCCUUUUACUUUCACAUGUUAGAUCCUUGCAUGUCAGAAGGGUUGGGUGGGUGUAUGGGGAAGGGUUAGGAGACUAGGAAGUUGUCGGUUGCAUAAGUAACCUUUUAAGGUCAUGUGCUACAAAGAGCAACAAUAACGGUGGUGGUCUGUCGUCAUGGGAACAUUGAUGCUGCUAACACUUAAAAUGGCUGUUAUUAAAUGAACCCGUCUUUUUUUGUUUUGUUAUUGUGGUCAAAACACGAGCUGGCUGAAUCAAAAACCGGUGCUGGAUUAGAGAGAGAGAGGGCGCUCCGGGAAUCUACGCUUUAUACUUUCUCAAAAUGUGUACAAAACAUUACGAACACCUUCCUAAUAUUCAGUUGCACCCCCAGAACAGCCUCAAUUCAUCAGGGCCUAGACUCUACAAGGUGUCGAAAGCAUUCUACAGGGAUGCUGGCCCAUGAUGACUCCAAUGCUUCCCACAGUUGUCAAGUUGGCUGGAUGUCCUUUGGGUGGUGAACCAUUCUUGAUACACACUGGAAACUGUAGAGUGUAAAAACUUGACACAAACCGGUGAGCCUGGCAUCUACUACCAUACCCCGUUCAAAGGCACUUAAAUAUCUUCUUGCCCAUUCACCCUCUGAAUGGCACACAUACACAAUCCAUGUCUCAAUUGUCUCAAGUCUAAAAACUCCUUCUUUAACCUGUCUCCUCCCCUUCAUCUACACUGAUUUGAAGUGGAUUUAAUAAAGGAUCAGCUUUCACCUGGUCAGUCGGUCAUGGAAAAGGAGUUUUUCUUAAUGUUUUGUACCCUCAGGGUCAUUUUACAGAAGUGGUGCAAACUGGGACAAAAAAGAAAUCGCAUUUGUAUCCUAUUUUUCCCCAACUUUCAGCACACGUCUUCCAACAUAUUUCAGGUAGACAUAUAUACUACUCACACACUUUGUUUGUAUUGCAUAUUUGAAAUAUUUAUCUGAAUUUACCUUUACCCCCCCCAAAAAAGUGUUAUUACAAAACACAGUGAAAAAGUUGCAAUAAAGGAAGAACCAUGCACAAUAGUGAUUAUUUUGAUUAACCUUCCAUUAUAGAUUCAUUGGAGAAAUAAUUUGCAAACCAAAUUGACAAAAUAACAGGCGUUUCGGUGGAAAGGGUGUCAAUCAUAGACAUAAAUGGAGGACUCCGAUAGAUCUAACUCGUUUCAGUAUAGACAUUACCAUUGAGGGAUUCCACUAUUUAAAAGUAGUCAACUGUGUGGGGAUUCCUAUGGGUUUGGAAGUGAUCAGCCAAUGAUCAGAGAGCAUCGGCUUCUUCAAAUUGGGUUGCCUAUUGUUUGUAAACCAAAGAGUAAGGUAAUAUCCAGAAGCCAAGACCAAGAUUUCUACCAGGACUUUGUUGGUCCCAAGAUCCAGACCCAGUGAGUUGAGGCCAUGACAAGUUAAAGACCGAAUGUGGUCUUGGGGGGGGGACUCAGUCAGGCUUUCAAUUUACUCCUGAACGCUGUAGUAGUAUAAUGCACAAGGUGCAAUUUUGAAAGUGGGUACAUGGUGGUCCUCUGUAGCUCAGUUGGUAGAUCAUGGCGCAUGCAACUUUAAAAUGAAAAUGGCCUCAAUGGCACUGCCCGUGCUGUCACAGAUGCCAUAAUGGCAAAGAUACAACGAUGAAACCUCUGUAUAUCUCCAUGGUGUCAAUUGUUUCGGUUGUGACUUUUUCAAUUUGACUUAUUUUGAACAUCAAAUGAGGUUGGUGGCACCUUAAUUUGGGAGGACGGGCUUGUUGCAAUGGCUGGAGCGGAAUGUAUGGAAUGGUAUCAAACACAUGGUUUGUUGCCAUUCCAUUUGCGCUAUUCCAGCCAUUUAUGAGCCGUCCUCCCCUCAGCAGCCUCCACUGGCUAACAUAUUGCUAGCCAUCUUUAAUUUCCACAUCUUCUUACGUUACAGCCUUAUUCUAAAACAUACAAUAUUUUUUUCACCUCAUCAAUCUACACACAAUCCCCCAUAUUAACAACGCGGAAGCAUUUUUUUUUUGUUUUAAAAAUGUAUCUAAAAAAAAAAUGUUUUAAUGAAAUAUCUUAUUUACGUAACUAUUCAGAUCUUUUGCUAUGAGACUCGAAAUUGAGCUCAGGUGCAUCCUGUUUCCAUUGAUCAUCCUUGAGCUGUUACUACAACUUGAUUGGGCAUGAUUUGCAGAGGCACACACCUGUCUAUAUAAGCUCCAACAGUUGACAGUGCAUGUUAGAGCAAAAACCAAGCCAUGAGGUCGAAGAAAUUGUCCGUAGGGGAAGGGUACCAAAAAAUGUCUGCAGCAUUGAAGGUCCCGAAAACACAGUGGCCUCCAUUAUUCUUACGUUUGGAACCACCAAGUCUCUUCCUAGAGCUAGGAGGUGACCAAGAACCCAAUGAUCAUUCUGACAGAGCUCCUGAGUUCCUCUGUGGAGAUGGGAGGACCUUCCAGAAGGACAACCAUCUCUGCAGCACUCCACCAAUCAGGCCUUUAUGGUAGAGUGGCCAGACGGAAGCCACUCCUCAGUAAAAUGCACUUGACAGCCCGCUUUGAGUUUGCCCAAAGGCACCCAAAGGACUCUCAGACCAUCAGAAACAAGAUUCUCUGCUCUGAUGAAACCAACUCUUUGGCCUGAAUACUAAGUGUCAUGUCUGGAGGAAACCUGGCACCAUCACUAAGGUGAAAGAUGGUGGUGGUGGCAGCAUCAUGCUGUGGGGACAUUUUUCAGUGGCAGGGACUGGGAGACUAAUCAGGAUCGAGGGAAAGAUGAACAGAGCAAAGUACAGAGAUCCUUGAUGGAAACCUGCUCCAGAACACUCAGGACCUCAGACUGGGGUGAAGGUUGACCUACCAACAAGACAAUGACCCUAAGCGCACAGCCAAGACAACGCAGGACUGGCUUCAGGACACGUCUCUGAAUGUCCUUGAGGGGCCCAGCCAGAGCCUGGAAUCUCUGGAGAGACUUGAAAAUAGCUGUGCAGCGACGCUCUCCAUCCAACCUGACAGAGCUUGCGAGGAUCUGCAGAGAAGAAUGGGAAGAAACUCCCCAAAUAUAAGUGUGCUAGGCUUGUAGAGUCAAGGCUGUAAUCGCUGCAAAAGGUGCUUCAACAAAGUACGAACUAAAGGGCCUGAAGACUUAGGUAAAUGUGAUAUUUCCAUUUUUUUUUUAUACAUGUGCAAAACUGUUUAAAAAAAAUGUUUUUGCUUCGUCAUUAUAGGGUAUUGUGUGUAGAUUGAUGAGUGGGAAAAAGUCAUGGGGUCUGAAUACUUUCUGAAUGCACUGUAUGUACAUCCCAAAAGCGUACUUUACACAUUUCUUGAUAUAUGAGAUGUUUGGUACUGACACUAUUUAAAAAUAGAUGAAGAUUUACCAACUUGCUCAAAAAUGUUAUCGGAAAUGUUUGCAGAUAGACUACUCACCAUGUGGUCAUGCUGGAGAGGGGUGCAAUCCCAACACCUGGUGAUAUUUGUAGGAGUUGCUUAAGGCACAGUCUUUUAUUGUGUGUGUUCAGUUAGUGAUGUCAAAAUGUGGGACAGCAUUCUUUUUUUGGAAAGAUGUUUAAAAAUAAACAACUGCUUAUUAGAUCAGUAUCUUUAUAAUAUAACACCUCUCAAAAGAAAUGUGUAUAAACAAUUACUUUGUACUAUAUUAAUUUAACAAUAUAUUUGGUAUUGCCUUAGAACAUAUUGUGAUGUAUAUAGAUGUCCUAAGUUUGGAGACUUAGCUUUUUAUUUUUUUUAUAUAUAUAUUUUUAUUUUUUUCGGGGUGGGAUUGCAAUUUGCACCGCUUCUGUAGAAUCACCCAUGUAUAAAGCUGUAAUUCAUGUGUUUUUCCACAAGGAGUUGCGUUCUCGUGUAGCUACAUGGAUUGGACGAUGUCCCUAAGCGCUGGGCCAAGGAAGUAAAAUAAAGAGUACUAUAAGAAAAGAAAACAGGCCUCUUAAAAGGUUAGUGUUACGAGUGGGAUUGGUUCAAGCUGAUCCUAGACCAGCGUUUACAGUUAACUUCUUCCUUGAGCACAGCUCAGUCAAGUCUCUAAUCAAGGGUGUAUGUAUGGGCAGGUUGACUGUAUGGGCAGGUUGACUGACAGCAUGACAUCAAGGCCUGCAACUUUGCAUUAGUAUCUGUGUUUUUAUCUUGCAGUAACGGUUAUUUCUUAUUGUAGUCCACUCUACUGAUGAGCUGUUGGGGCCGGCCAGGUUCUGGGGCUAAGGCACUGGGGAUAAACAUACACUACCUUUUUGAUUUUCUACAAACAAACGUUUAUUUUUUUCUUGUAUUUUUUACAAACCACCUCAUCACCUUCACAUGUGAGUUCAACAUGGUGUGUUGAGACCGUAGACAAGUAUUAGUGAAUAUGACAGUGUCUCCCUCAUGCACAGAACUAAUCUUUUUAUCACUACAUGUAGCCAAGUUUGUAUGACAUUCAAAUGGAUCUACAGAUUUAACUAUUGACAUUGUUCAAGACACCAAUUUUUGUCAUGAUCAAGUUGUUUUUGGUGAAUUGUUCAACCACAUCUUAUAGACACAAAUGUGGCUCUUGCUACACACACAGGUGUGCAUAUUGCUAAUUUGGUCUGGCAGCGGUUACAGUAAUCUGCCAGACCGGAACAGUAUUUAUUUGUCACUAACGCUGUCCUUAGUGAACCCCAUUGACAAGGUCGUGUUCAUUAGGCACCAAACAGAAGAAAACACACUGAAACAGGGAUUAUCUGUACUUGUCCAAUAAGAAACAUUGCAGUUCAGUUGCAUGCCCUAAUGAACAUGGCCCAGCUCUACUUAGAGCAGUGUUACCCACAGAAAGUCAGGUUAACGGACUGACUCUUAGUUCUAAUGAGGCAGACACAACCUCUUGUUCCCAGGGAGGGGGAUGAGGGAGUGCUAGCCUUAGAGCUGACAAUAAUACUCUGGUGAAGACUGACCCAAGGACCACUGAUUGAUGGGGUCGGGGAUCUUGUAGGCAGAUUCCCAGCCUCCCUUUCCAGAACUCUUAUCUAAAAGAAAGUUAAAAUAGUAAAAACAUACCUCUGAUAUAUAUUUUUCCUUUCAGAAGCUACGUAGGCUGCCUAGUUUGAUGCACAUCCCUACAGUAAAAGCUACGUAGGCUGCCUACUUAAAUGCACAUCCCUACAGUAAAAGCUACGUAGGAUGCCUACAUAGAUGCACAUCCCUACAGUAAAAGCUACGUAGGCUGCCUAGUUUGAUGCACAUCCCUACAGUAAAAGCUACGUAGGAUGCCUACAUAGAUGCACAUCCCUACAGUAAAAGCUACGUAGGCUGCCUACAUAGAUGCACAUCCCUACAGUAAAAGCUACGUAGGCUGCCUACUUAAAUGCACAUCCCUACAGUAAAAGCGAUGUAGACUGGGAAUCUGCAUACAUAGAUGCACAUCCCUACAGUAAAAGUGAUGUAGACUGGGAAUCUGCCUACAUAGAUGCACAUCCCUACAGUAAAAGUGAUGUAGACUGGGAAUCUGCCUACAUAGAUGCACAUCCCUACAGUAAAAGUGAUGUAGACUGGGAAUCUGCCUACAUAGAUGCACAUCCCUACAGUAAAAGCUACGUAGUCUGCCUACAUAGAUGCACAUCCCUACAGUAAAAGCUACGUAGGCUGCCUACAUAGAUGCACAAACCCUACAGUAAAAGCGAUGUAGACUGGGAAUCAGCCUACGUAGCUUCUGAAGUGAAAAAAUAUAUUAGAGGUAUGUUUUUGCCAUUUUAACUUUGUUUUGAUAAGACUCAGAGUUCUGAAAAGGGAAGUUAAAGGUGAUUUUAAAUAUAUUAUAAAUGUUUUGUUUAGAUAUUUUCACCCCUCUUAACUUAUGUCGACUGACUGGGGGUUUCUCCAGCAGAAAUCAUGUGCCCCUACUGCUGGGUCUGGACCCUGUGACAUUUGUCCAGUAAAAUAGAUACAUUCCAUAUGUUUACAAGUAGGUACCAGAUAAAGAGAGGACCUUCUUUCAUGACCGCAACAUGGUCUUUUUUACUUUUUACACUGUUUGCUGAGAAAUUGUCCCUGAAAACAUGUACAAAAUUGAAUUAUUAUUUUCUGGAAUUAAUAUUUGGAAUUCUUUAAAGUGCAUUAAUAAAAGUUACCCAUUUCA